AUGGGCGUCUUGGAUCACCUCUCCGAUUUGUGCAGCAUGACAGACACAAAGGCAGCCCUCAAGCUCAGGAAGAGGCGGCCGAUGCAGACGGUAAACAUCAAAGUGAAGAUGGACUGCGAGGGCUGCGAGAGGAGGGUCAAGAACGCCGUCAAGUCGAUUCGGGGUGUGACGGCCGUGUCAGUGAACCCCAAGAUGAGCAAGGUGACGGUGACGGGGUUCGUGGAGCCGAGCAAGGUGCUGGCGCGGGUGAAGAGCACCGGGAAGGUGGCCGAGAUGUGGCCCUACGUGCCGUACUCGCUCACCACCUAUCCCUACGUCGGCGGCGCCUACGACAAGAAAGCGCCGGCGGGCUUCGUCCGCGGCGCUCCGCAGGCCAUGGCCGACCCCGGAGCGCCGGAGGUCCGGUACAUGAACAUGUUCAACGACGAGGACGUCAACUCCUGCGCCAUCAUGUGA